GUGCUUGUGGUUCCUGAGUACCAGUGUUCAGCAUCUUGGCCGGAGCAGCCGGGGACGUGGACUUGUUCGCACACCACACCUCGGGGAGGGAUCUUUCCUCUUCCCUUCAGAAAAACAUGCAUUUUGUAAGGAUGGUGCCUCUCCACUGGUGUAUGCUGUGGCUGCUGUUACCACUCAGCUCAAGGACCCAGAAGUUGCCUACUCGAGAUGAGGAACUCUUUCAGAUGCAAAUUCGAGACAAGGCAUUUUUUCAUGAUUCGUCAGUAAUUCCAGAUGGAGCUGAAAUUAGCAGUUAUCUCUUUAGAGACACACCUAAAAGGUAUUUCUUUGUGGUUGAAGAGGACAACACUCCACUGUCCGUCACAGUGACGCCCUGUGAUGCGCCCUUAGAGUGGAAGCUGAGCCUCCAGGAACUGCCAGAGGAGGCAAGCGGGGAAGGCUCCGGUGAUCCGGAGCCUCUCGAUCAGCAGAAGCAGCAGAUCAUUAACGAGGAAGGCACGGAGCUAUUCUCCUACAAAGGCAACGACGUGGAGUGUUUCAUAGCUUCUAGUUCUCCAUCUGGUUUAUAUCAGUUGGAGCUUCUUUCAACAGAGAAAGACACGCAUUUCAAAGUGUAUGCCACCACAACUCCAGAGUCUGACCAGCCCUACCCUGAACUGCCUUACGACCCGCGAGUUGACGUCACGUCCCUGGGACGCACCACUGUCACCUUGGCUUGGAAGCCGAGCCCCACCGCCUCGGUGCUGAAGCAGCCCAUUCAGUACUGUGUGGUCGUCAGCAGAGAGCACAACUUUAAAAGCCUCUGCGCGGUGGAGGCCAAGCUGAGUGCGGACGACGCUUUCAUGAUGGCCCCCAAACCCGGCCUGGACUUCAGCCCUUUCGACUUUGCCCACUUCGGCUUUGCUUCGGAGAACUCGGCUAAGGAGCGCAGCUUCCUGACGAAGCCUUCCCCCAGAUCAGGGCGGCAUGCUCCCGCGAGGCCCAAGGCGGACAUUCAGAAGGUCUGCAUAGGAAACAAGAACAUCUUCACGGUCUCGGAUCUGAAACCCGACACGCAGUACUACUUCGACGUCUUCGUGGCUAACAGCGACAGCAACGUGAGCACAGCUUACCUGGGCACCUUUGCCAGGACCAAGGAGGAAGCCAGACAGAAGACGGGGGAGCUGAAGGACGGGAAAGUCACCGAUGUGUUCGUUAAAAGGAAGGGGGCAAAGUUUCUCCGGUUUGCCCCAGUCCCGUCUCACCAGAAGGUCACCUUCUUCGUUCACUCUUGUCUGGACGCUGUCCAAAUCCAAGUGAGAAGAGAUGGGAAGCUCCUCUUGUCUCAGAAUGUGGAAGGCAUUCGGCAGUUUCAGCUGAGAGGAAAACCAAAAGCCAAAUAUCUCAUCCGACUGAAGGGAAACAAGAAGGGCGCGUCCAUGCUGAAGAUACUGGCUACCACCCGGCCCAGUAAGCAGUCCUUCCCCUCUCUUCCCGAAGACAGGCGCAUCAAAGCUUUCGACAAGCUCCGCACCUGUUCUUCAGUCACGGUGGCUUGGCUAGGCACCCAGGAAAGGAACAAGUUUUGCAUCUACAAAAAGGAAGUGGAUGAUAAUUACAAUGAAGACCAGAAGAAACGAGAGCAAAACCAAUGCCUGGGCCCAGAUACGAGGAAGAAAUCAGAGAAGGUCCUCUGUAAAUAUUUCCACAGUCAGAACCUGCAAAAAGCAGUGACCACAGAAACAAUUAAAGGCCUUCAGCCUGGAAAAUCUUACCUGCUGGAUGUUUAUGUCACAGCCCAUGGAGGGCACUCGGUGAAGUAUCAGAGUAAAGUGGUGAAAACCAGAAAGUUCUGUUAGUCACCUCGUAUGGAGAUGUAUCAUGUAGAACUUCAGGAGAGAGUCACAUUAAGCAGGAACUGACUACUGCUCCCCCAGCUAAGACAAGUUGUGACCUAUACUUGUACUACGGAAGGAAGGGUAUCAACGGGUGUAUAUCGGACUUUACGUAACUAAUUGCUGGAGGAGAUUUGUUCGAGUGUGCCCCAGUGGUACCACGUGUGUGGCUGAUGUCCGCUGAUGUCAGAGAGGACGUCUUUAAGAAACUGCCAUCCCUUGCUUUGACCACUGCAUGGACUGCUUCUAAAUUAUUUUAUUACCUAAAAGUUUAAAAUAUGCCAUUCAUUGCACACAGCCACAAAUGAAAAUCAUUCCUCUCAAUA